AUGUCAGAAAUAGUUCCAUUGUCUGUACGCGGCGCAGCAGGUGUUCUGAAUCAGUUGAUGAUUGUGUUUUCUCUGUUACUUUCGCAAAUACUGGGACUGCGGCAGCUAAUGGGCACCAAAGACUUAUGGCCGUAUUUGCUAGGGUUGAACAUUAUACCGUGCAUUCUUGGUUCGGCACUUUUGUUACUGUGCCCAGAAAGUCCUCGAUAUCUAUACAUCAUCAAGCGUGAUCCGGAAACCGCCCGUGCAGCUCUCCAGCGCCUAAGGAGUCCUGACCAUGACGUCGACACUGAAUUGACGGGAUUUUCGCGGGAAGCGAGCAUUGCAUCUCGAAAAGCAACUGUUCUUGAACUGUUGCGUAAACCGUACCUCCGCAUCGGUCUUAUGGUCGCCUUAUUGUCCCAGUUCGGUCAACAGCUUUCUGGUAUAAACGGAGUAAGUGUGUGGGUAAAUAUGCAUCGAGCAUGUGACCUAUGUAACCCGCUGCUGCAAGACUGGGUGUACUCGAACCCAGACAAGCCGAAUGAGGUAGCAGACAAAUCUGCCUACUUUGAUACCUGUAUCAGUCCCGGUAAUCUCGCGAAUGACCAUAUUUCUAUCCAAAUUGGAGAAGUCGGAGCAGCUUCCGCGACCUUGCAUCACAUGUGGCGGUUGAGUUUGCAACGCUGCUGUGCGCUUUAUAUUAUUAUACGGGUCAUAAACCUGGCAGCCACGCGCUUCGGACAUAUAAAAACUGUGUUUGACCAUCGGUGGCUCGGGAGCAUUUCCCUAGUCUGGUGCGAACACCUGAUCAGUGGCGUUGAAGUUGUCUACUAUUCCGUUGAAUUGUUCAAAGUAAAUGGUCUCACUGAUGAGCAGGCCACCUAUACGACAAUCGGCAUUGGCGGAUUUAUGCUGCUCAUCACCAUAGUCUCUAUAUUUAUUAUUGAGCGUGCGGGUCGGCGAAUCCUACUUAUUGGUGGUCUGGCUGUCGCAUUCCUGAGUUUGCUGUCUUUCACUUUCUGUAUGAUUGGCAAGCAGUAUGGCCAGGUGAGUUGGCCAAUCUACCCGGCUAUUGUGUCGAUCUACGUGUUCGUUUGCGGAUUCGGGAUUGGACCUGGCUCGAUCCCAUGGUUUAUCGCGGCCGAAAUGUUCACGCAGGAAACGAGGGAUGCUGCAAUCGGCGUGUCGGCAACGACCAACUGGUUAUGCAAUAUAGCGGUCGCACUGGGUUUUAUACAAAUGAUUAAAUACUUGGAAUUCUACUCCUUCCUGCCUUCGGCAUGCAUUCUCCUCGUGGUCAUCAUACUUCUCUAUAUUUACAUGCCCGAGACGAAGGGUAAGAGUGCUGACAUGAUUGAGGCCGAGUUCCGUCGCCGAACCGGCCUUUGUCACCGUGACUCGUACGAUUCGGAAUUUGCCGCUUCUUCCACUUCUGUCAUUCAGGCUGUCCUCGGCUAUCACUACACCGCAAAGGACAACACAAUCAAAGUGGAGUUGAACUGAUCAUUCAUCAAAAUUUCUUGUUCAUUUCUUCUUUUUAUGUCCCUUUCCUGUCGACUGUGUGCUCUGUUCCAUGACUUAUGCAUCAAA